GCGGAAGUUGCUGCCCUGCUGCUAAAGAUGGUAGCCAGCUAAAAGAGUCGUGCCAGUCGCUUUCAAGCAAGAUAUUCUAAUCUCAAUCUAAAAAUACAGCGCAGUCGUAAGGGACCAUUACCGGACUGACGAGAUAUAACCUAACUCCCUUUCCACGUGGAAGAAAACAGUGGGCAGGAACUUGCUAGCUACGUAGCUGGCUUUUCUAAAAGGAAUCUGCAGGACAUCAUGAGUGGAGAGAAGGAAACGUUGUUGGAAGAAAUCGAACAGAGUUUACACCGUCUAACCGAGGACAAUUUACGAUACCUGUGUGAACGCUGUGGAAUAGAUGGCUCCCAAGUUAAAGGAAAGCACCAUCGCUCGUUACGACGUAAAAUCAUGGAGGAAAUGUGGGAAAAUGCAGAUUCGGUGAAAUCGGAAGAGCAGGGAAUGUCUUGGUUACUCCAACUCAAAGAGGACAUCAGAAAGAUACAGGAAGAAUCUAGUGUGGCACCCAUGAGUCCCAGACAGUCUGAUGAUGACGAAGCUACAGACUGCGAUGAAGAAUGGGACGUGGAAAACAAGGAUUGGUUUCUUAGCAACAGGCUGGAGGUGGAGUCAUCUCCAGAGAGGCACACCCCAGAGCAGAGUGGUGACACGUCUCUCCCGCCCCCCUCCCCUCUCCCCUGGUCCCCGUGUCGUACCUCUCCCAGUAGCACCUUACUGCUGGGUCUGAAGAGGUUGUCUGUGCGGCUGGUGGACUGCAGGAAAACAACGGGGCUGAGUGGAACUGUGAGAGGAGGAGGAGGAGGAGGAGGAGGAGAAGAGGAGGGAUAUGGAGAUUCAGAUUCGAUGUUAUCAAGGGACAGCUCUAACGGUCGCUCGCUCAGUGGGAGGGGCUUAUCAUCUGGGAAGGCUCCAGGGUUGAAAGUGAUCCAGCGCCCUUAUAGCUGUGACGUAUGUGAGAUGAGUUUCACUCAGUCAGGAAACCUUAAAAGACACCAAAGAGUACACACAGGAGAGAGACCAUAUGUCUGUCCUAUAUGCGGAAAGAGUUUCCGUAUGUCAGAAACACUGACUAGACACAAGCGAACACACACAGGAGAGAAACCAUAUGUCUGUCCUAUAUGUGGAAAGAAUUUCUGUACUUCAGGACAAUUGACUAUACACAAGCGAACACACACUGGAGAGAAACCUUAUAGCUGCGAUCAAUGUGGGAAGAGUUUUACUCAAGCUUGUUCCUUGACUGAACACAAGCGAACACACACCGGCGUGACGUUCCACUGCUCAGACUGUGAGAAGAGCUUCCCUACAUCAGCGAAGUUGAAACGGCACCAGCAAACACACACAGGAGAGAAACCUUAUCGAUGUGAUCAAUGUGGGAAGAGUUUUGCCCGAGCUUAUUCCCUGACUGAACACAAGCUAACACACACAGGAGAGAAAUUAUAUGUCUGUGAUCAAUGUGGGAAGAGAUUUACUAACUCAGGAACACUGAAUUUACAUAAGCCAACACACACUGGAGAGAAACAUCGUAGCUGUGCUAUAUACAGCUGUAAGUACUGUGAGUGGAGUUUCGCUCAUUCAGAAGACCUAGCAAGACACCACCAGAGAAAACACAUGUGGGAGGGUAUUCAUGUAUGUGAUCAAUGCGGAAAGAGUUUUGCUUGUUCGGGAGACCUGAAUAUACACAAGCGUAUACACACUGGAGAGAAACGAUAUGUCUGUGAUCAGUGCGGGAAGAGCUUUGCUAGUUCGGGAAUCCUGAAUAUACACAAGCGUAUACACACAGGCGAGAAACCAUAUGUCUGUGAUCAGUGUGGGAAGAGCUUUGCUUCAUCGGGAUUCCUGACUAAACACAAACAUAUACACACCGGGGAGAAAUCUUACAGUUGUGAACAGUGUGAGAAGAGAUAUGUUUCCAAAGGAGAGUUGAGAAAGCACAAGCUUGUACACCCCAGAGAGAACCCUCUCUUCCUGUGUGAUCGAUGUGGGAAGAGCUUCACACAUAUGGGAUCCCUGAAUGUACACAUGCGUAGGCACACAGGAGAGAAACCCUACCGCUGUGAUCAAUGUGGGAAGCGCUUUAUUCAGCCAGUAGAGUUGAAAAUGCACCAACGAGUGCACACUGGAGAGAAACCCUACAGCUGUGUUCUAUGCAGGAAGAGAUUCGCUCAGUCAGGACUGCUGACUGUACACAAGAGAACACACACUGGAGAGAAACGUUAUAGCUGUGAUAUAUGUGGGAAGAGAUUCGCACAAUCAGGAAACCUGAAGAGUCAUAAGAGAACCCACACAGGCAGAGAGAGAACCAAGACAGGUAGAGGGGGGAAGUCAAACAGAUGGAGGAGUGAAUCGAAGACACUGGAGAGAACCCAUACAGCUGUGACCAGUGUGGCAAGACGUUCACUUAUUCAGGACUGCUGACUAGACACAGAUGCAUUCACACUGGAGAGAAACCUUAUAGCUGUGAUCUAUGCAGGAUAAACUUCACUCAGCCAGAAUCCUUGGCAAGACAUAAGAGGACACACCGCAGAGAAACAUUAUAAAUGUGAUAUUUGUGGGAAGAGAUUUGCUCGAUCAGGAAUCCUAAAGAGUUAUCAGAGAACCCCCACAGGCGGAGAGAGAACCCCCACAGGCGGAGAGAGAACCCCCACAGGCGGAGAGAGAACC